AUGCCUUUCACCAAGCUCGUCAAGAACAGCGCGUACUACAGUCGCUACCAGACCAAGUACCGCCGUCGUCGUGAGGGAAAGACCGAUUACUAUGCUCGUAAGCGCUUGAUCACCCAGGCCAAGAACAAGUACUCUGCACGCAAGCAUCGUCUUGUGGUCCGCUUCACCAACCGUGAUAUCAUCACCCAGAUUGUCUACUCCGAAAUCACCGGUGACAAGGUUAUCGCUUCCGCUUACGCCCACGAAUUGAAGCGCUAUGGAAUCGAGCACGGUUUGACCAACUGGUCCGCUGCUUACGCCACCGGUCUCCUUCUCGCUCGCCGUCUCCUCAAGAAGCUCGAGCUUGACGAGACCUUCGAGGGUGUUGAGGAGGCUGAUGGUGAAUACACUUUGACCGAAGCCGCUGAGACCGACGACGGUACCCGCCGCCCCUUCAAGGUCUUCUUGGAUGUCGGUCUCGUCCGUACCUCCACCGGUGCCCGUGUCUUCGGUGCCUUGAAGGGUGCCUCUGACGGUGGUCUCUUCGUUCCUCACUCCGAGAACCGUUUCCCCGGUUUCGACAUUGAGUCCGAGGAGCUCGAUGCCGAGACUCUCCGCAAGUACAUCACUGGCGGUCACGUUGCUGAGUACAUGGAGGGUCUUGCCGACGACGACGAGGAGCGCUACAAGUCCCAGUUCUCCCAGUACAUUGAAGACGAGAUUGAUGCCGGUGACCUCGAGGACGUGUACCUUGAGGCCCACAAGGCUAUCCGCGAGGACCCCUUCAAGAAGGAUGAGGACGCUGAUGAGAAGAAGAGCAAGGAGGAGUGGAAGGCCGAGAGCAAGAAGUACCGCACCGGCAAGCUCUCCAAGGAGGAGAAGCGCCAGCGUGUGCAGGAGAAGAUUCGCGAGUUGGCCGCUUAA